AUGGCACAAAAUACGACGGAACACGUUGAUAACACGAACGAGGCCGAGAAUGCAGACAUCCGCGACAUUGAAAAGCGCGAAAACAAUAUGCCUCCGUUACGCCGAAACGUCCUGACAGCUCUGGUCCAGGACUUUGGUCCAUUUUGGUUCACAUGGUGCAUGAACUCAGGCGUACUGGCCAUUUUAACCCAUCAAUGUCCUUACCAAUUUCCUGGGCUGAAGGUCAUCAGCACUAUCUUUUUCGUAUUUGAUCUGACUCUGUUUGUGCUCUUCAGUGCUGCAUUCACUGCACGCUUUGUUAUCUUUGGAUCCCAGGCUUAUGGCGAGAUUACAGGCGAGCUCAGCGACCUGAUGUUAUGCGCCUGUUGGCCUAUUGCGUUCAUGACCCUGACGAGCCUCACCUCGCUAAUUGCAAGUAACGCGUACUGGGGAAGACAUGCACUCACUAUCGUUGCAUAUGUGAUGUGGUGGGUUGUGUGUUUCUGGGCACUAGCUGUUCUCUUCUGGGUCUUCGGCGACCUGAUUGCCAAGCAUGAGAUUAGUGUACAGGCUGGAGAAGGUGUCAGGGGAAAGAGGUUGCCAAUGAUGGUCAUUAUCCCGGCUGUGAGUGUCAGUACGGUGGCAAUCACGGGUGCUUUGGUAGCCAGCCACAGUUACGACAUUAGUGCGCGCAUGGCGGUGCCCGUGAUCAUUGUCAGCUUCCUGAUGGUCGGCGUUGGCAUCCUACUGGGAUUUAUGCUCACCACAUAUCUGUUUCAUGGCCUGUUAUCUCAAGGCUGGCCACCUCCUCCACAGACCGCCAGUGUCUUCAUUCUCGUCGGACCAAUGGGACAAAGCGCGGCAGCACUACAACAGCUCGGCCAAGCUGCAAGGGUAUAUCGCAAAUUCGUGGGUUACGACAAAGGAACAUUCUUGACGGGAGAAGCCGCGGUUCCACUCGAAGCGGCCUGUAUGCUUAUUGCACUUCUGCUGACUGGGCUAGGAAUCAUCUGGACAUUCUUAGGAGUGUACGCGAUGGUAUCAAGGGCUCUACAGAAACAACUAAAAUGGACGCCCAGCUGGAAUGCGAUCAUUUUCCCAGUGGGCACGCUGACAACAAGUACAACUCUACUCGCGACUGAGAUGGACUCACCAGCGUGGCGGGUAGUGACCGCGGGCUUAAUCAUCAUCCUGCUAUUCUUCUUCCUACUCAAUUCAGUUUUCACGUUAAAGGGUAUCUGGAAGGGAGAGCUUUUGGUCGUGAGAGAAGAUCCAAGAGUGAAGAGGAAGAUGCAGGAAGAUCAUAAGGUGCGAUAG